CCGGAAGCGAGCGGCGGGCCCGGCGGCGAUGAGCGGCGGCAGCGAGGAGGGGCCGGCGGCGGCGAGCGGGGCCGAGCGGCGGGUCCGCAUCGUGGUGGAGUACUGCGAGCCCUGUGGCUUCGAGCCCACGUACCAGGAGCUGGCGAGUGCUGUGAAGGAGGAGUACCCCGACAUCGAGAUCGAGUCCAGGCUGGGGGGCACAGGUGCCUUUGAGAUCGAGAUCAAUGGGCAGCUGGUCUUCUCCAAGCUGGAAAAUGGAGGAUUCCCCUACGAGAAGGAUCUGAUCGAAGCGAUUCGCCGGGCCAGGAAUGGGGAACCCCUGGAGAAAAUCACCAACAGCCGCCCCCCCUGCGCCAUCCUGUAGCCCCCCCUCAGCUGGGAUCUCGUGGCCUCCCCAGCAUCCCCCCUGCUUUGCUCCUCGCUGCCUUCAUUAGCUCCCUGUGCCCCCCGGGGGGCAACUGAGGACAUCAGGGGGGACUUGAGAGUGUAAGGACCCCCCCCCGGGAUUGCCCCCAUGGCACUGGGCUGGCUGUGCCCCCUCUUUGGGUUGUGUCCCUGCUGUGCCUGACCCCCUGUGGGGUGUAGCUGUGGGGGGGUGCCCUGCCUCCCCCCAGGGCAGGGGAGGGCCCUUCCUUUUUGCUGAGGGUUUGGGGACCCCCAUGAAGGCUCUGCCCAGCCCUCAAGGGGAGGCAGGGGGGAGCCAGGCUGGGUGUGGAGGUGACUCUGCAGCCCCAGCAGAGGAAGAGCCCCGGGCUGUGACCCCACGUGGGUUGUUAAUGAUUCCAGUCUCUCCUGUCACUGUUUAAUCAGCAGGACUGGCCAUGGGAACCCUGGCUGGGCACCAGCCCCAUGGCCCCAGCCUUGGCUUAACGGCCACCAGCUUCCCCCCCUGCCCCCCUGCCCUCCUUCCCAGGCUCCGGGCUCCUGGUGACACUGCCCUGGGCCCCGGGGUGGCUGAGGGCCCCCUCCCACCCCCACUAUUUAUUCUAUACUGUGUAUAAACCUGAUGGCCUGGCCCUGAAUAAAGGACAGAGGAGAAGGUG